AUGGAGGUGGUAUCACGUACAGUUGAUAUUUUCGUGUCCGAGUCGUCGGACCCACGACUCGUUGUGCCAACCAGGUGUACCCCGACCCCCCAUUCCGCCCCGAAAUCCCCUUUCCUCUAUCCGCGGGUCUCCUUCGAUUCCUCCCCCGCUGCCGGUGUCUUCGCUGAUCCCUGCCGGCCGACGACAGACGGAGUGGAGAUCUGCGAGCGAGGACGAGACGACGGCUCGCACCUGGGCGGCGAGAAGAAGCAGCGGCUGAACGUGGACCAGGUGCCUCGAGCUGAAGAGCAAGCUGGAGCCCGCGCAAGGUACAGCUAUCGCGCGCUGGGGCUGCAGCCCCGGCAGGUGGUCAUCUGGUUCCAGAACAACCGCGGGAGGUGGAAGACAAAGCAGGACCACGACGUGCUGAAGCGCCAGUUCCGCACCAUCAAGGCCGAGCGACGACCUCCUCUACCACAACAAGAAGCUCCAAGCCGAGGUUUGAGCUGCAGCAUCUGA